AUGGUGACGACGAUGGGGCACGUGGUGGCGCUCCUCUCCGCUGCCCUCUCCGGCGGCGUGGUCGGCUGCAGUCGCCACGACGACCACUACCACUCGGGCGGCUGCUGCGUGUGCAUAUCAAGGUUCCGCGACGGGGAGGACAUACGCAGCCUGCCGUGCGGCCACGCCUUCCACCGGCAAUGCGUCGACAGGUGGUUGGCGCUGUGCCGCCGGACCUGCCCGCUCUGCCGCCUGCACGUCGGCGGCGUGACAGAUGAGCACCAGCUCAGCGACGACCUCGUCAUCUGGUUCUCUUCUCUCUUCGUCGCCGGCUUGUAG